CUGUCAGGGAGUUGAACCCGUGACCUCCUGGUUGAUAGGUCGACACUUAACCACCAAGCCACGCCAGCCAGGCGACAACAUUUCCUUUGAAUCGGCCUUUCCAGUCAUUGCAGCUGCAACAGGCCAGGGCAGGAAGUCACCUUCUGGCUCACAGCGACAGCCCUCACGGAUGGGCACCUGGCACAGGUGCUGAUGGGGUGGAGGAGUGUGCAGCGCUGUUGGGGUGAGUGUCAGCCAGCAGCCCCGUGCAGCCUCCCCAGUGUCCUCUGGGUUCAGGGCGAGAGGCGAGGUGCGGAGCAGGAGGAGGGGUGCAGGCCGCUGCCUUGGCCCAGACAGGAUUCGCUCCUGACCCAUGACCCAGGGCGGGAGGAGCCUGUGUGGCUGGUAGUGCCGUCUGCCGGCUGGGUAACCGCCUCCUUAGGGGAGGACUCAAGUGCCUCGCCAUUCCUGCGCGGAGAGUGCGCGACUCCGUGGGUGUCAGCAUCCUCACGGUUGUGCAACCCUCACCACAGUCGGCUAGAACGUUUUCAUCACCCCAAGGGAACGCGCCCCUCCCAGCUGUCUCACUCACACACACACACCCGCUACGUGCAGUGUGUGUGGCCUCUCCUGCUGGCUCCUGAGCUGGCUCCUCUCACGGAGGGUGGUGGUCUGAGUUCCCCCCUGCUGUCCGGGCACCAGAACUUCACUCCUUUCCAGGGUGCGUGGCUGACAGGGGGGGGGGGGUCUGUGUCCCUCUGUCCCUCUGUUAUCUACACCCAUGUGCAGGCUGACGUGGAGGGACUCAUCUCCUGACUCCACACCCGGAAGGACUGGCUGGGGCGUGCCACCGGCUCCUGUCCCCAGAGCUGGCGGUGCCGGCUCCCUCCCCGGCUCUUACCGGCACCCCCGGCGCCUGUGAGCGCCCCUCACCGCGGUCUGAUGUGCUUGUUGUCUGCGUGCCACAGACAUUUGGAAAGAAACCGCCUGGAAGCUCAGCUGGUGGGCGAGGCCCCUGGUCAUUUCCGGCAGCGACUGGCGGUCCCAGCCGCGUCUGCAGGUUUCACUUUUGGGUCCUGAGCCCGCGGCCGGCUGAGCGCUGCUUUGGCGGCUCCAGAGCACAGCCCGGCAGCCCAGCCCCAGCGACGUCGCUUCCUGCGCCCCCGGAACCUGGGCACCAAGGUCAAGGUCACGCCCGAGGCCGCCGCCUCCGGGGAGCAUGUCCGCCUUCGAGCGGGUGGUGAAGAGCGUGGUCCAGGAGCUGGACCGCCGCGGGGAGCUGGUCCCGGUGGACAGCCUGCGGAGCUCCACCAGCUUCCGGCCCUACUGCCUGCUGGCCAGGAGGCCCCCCGGCUCCCCGUUCUGGAGGCCCCGCUACAAGGGCAUCAACCUGUCCAUCAAGGACAUCCUGGAGCCAGAUGACCCCGAGCCAGCCGUCCAGUGCAUCGGUCCCUACCAAUUCCAAGACGCGGUGGAUGGGCAGCUGCAGGGCCGCGUGGAGCUGAGCGUCGCAGGGCAGGGCGGGUUCUCGGGCGGGGCCUCCGUGUCCGGCAGCUCCAGCACCUCCAUGAAUGUGUGCACGCUGCGGGUGGACCCCAACACCUGGGUGGCCAUGCUCCAGGAGAGGCACCUUCAGCAGCAGGAGCACAAGGUCCUGCAGCAGCUGCGCAGCCGCGGGGACGACGUAUUCGUGGUGACUGAGGUGCUGCAGACGCAGAAGGAGGUGGAGGUCACCCGGACCCGCCGGCAGGAGGGCUCGGGCCAGUUUGUGCUGCCGGGAGCCAUGUGCUUAAAGGGCCAGGGCCAGGGCGAGGGCCACCUGAGUCGGAAGAGGACCGUGACCAUCCCCGCGGGCAGCAUCCUCGCGUUCCAGGUGGCCCAGCUGGUCAUCACUGGGUCGGGCUGGGACAUCCUCUUCAGCCCCGACAAGAAGCAGAGGACCUUUGAGCUGCCCCCAAUAGGCAACCAGCUUCCCGGAGGAGCAAGCAGCCAGUCCCGCCGCUUCUCCAUAUGGUCCAUAGCUAAGCAACUCAGUUGCAUAGGAGAUGGGCUGGAGGAUGACAGGCAGGCACCCACGGAGGACUUCCCGGGGCUGGAGGCGGAGGUGAGGGCCUGGGCCCAGCGCCUGGAGAGCCUGUCCAGGCAGCUGUGCGAGCAGCUGCUGAGGGGCCUGAGGCAGGUGCUGCAGGAUGAGCCGGCCCUGGAAGCCCUGGAGGAGUCGCUGGAGCAGGACCUGUGCUGCGGGCGGGUGGAGCCCCUAAAGGGUCCCGCGGGCGACAUCCUCGAGUGCCUGGUGCUCCCUGACCGGACGCUGGUGGAGGAACUGGCCGGCCCCAUCUCCUACCUGCUGGAAGCCCUGGCUGCGCUGAGCGAAACCCAGCACGAGCUGCUGGCCGAGGCGCUGGAGGCCAAGGCCCUGUCAGAGCCCUUGCAGCUGGUGAGAGGCCCAGAUGCUGGGGGAGAGGCUGGGCUGUGGGUGGGGCUGGGCCUCCUCUGGGGACCCUCGUGGGGCGACUUGAAAGGCAAAAGCCAGGUGAGGGGUCGAGAGCCGCCCAGGUCUGGGAAGCAGUGA